UGUGGCCACAUGACCGACAGUAAAUCGUCCAAUCAGAGUUUCCGAGCAAUUUACUUGGAAAGAGCCAGACUUGUGCUUGGAAGAUGUCUUGUGGUUUCUGAAUAAAUCCACAUCAUCCGGAAAUAUGUCUUCAAGUCAGAUUUACUAUUCGGACAGAUAUAAUGACGACCAAUACGAGUACAGACAUGUUGUUCUGCCCCGGGAAAUCGCUAAAUAUGUCCCCAAAUCCCACCUGAUGACUGAAGAUGAGUGGAGGAAGUUGGGCGUGCAGCAGUCCCGAGGAUGGAUUCAUUACAUGAUCCACGAGCCAGAGCCUCACAUCCUUCUGUUCAGAAGACCUUUACCGAAUAAAUGACUCGAGCAGCUUGUCAGCGAAGGGUUGACCAAACAUCUACUUUAUUAAUGUCAUUUCAUGAGGAACUGGGGUUUGUGUUGACUGAAAUGAUCGGAAAACUUUCUGUUAGACUGAAAUAAUUGAAUAAACAAUCCCCUG